CAGAUCGACAAAAUUUGCCAAGAAUUCCGUGGCAGAGCUACGUUGACAACAACUGCGAACGGCUGAUGAAAUCCACUCGAGCGCAACAUAUUGACUGCUGAAAUUCUACCAAAAGACACCUAAAAUCGUACCGUUUUUAGUGUAGACAUGGGAUAGAAGGUGCAGUGAUACUGCGUGAGUGACAAAAAUCGUAAUUUUUAUCGAGGAACUGAUGUGAAAAGAUGAAAUCUGCAGUGGCUGAGUAUCAUCAACAGCCACCGACUAUGAUAGCAGGGGCGGGGCGAGUGACUCCCUCAGGGGCGGGACUGAUGAGCCAAGUCCACGAUGACCUGGAUGCAGACGACGAUGACCCGCGUCCUGAGCCCACUGACCUCUUCGUCGACCUAGGGAUGCUGAUUCUGGAAGGACGGAAACCGGAGCGGUCGGUCAAGGGGCGUGUGGAAGGGGAACACUGCCCGCCUCGUUAUCCGAACGACAGCAGGCAUCAGUGUACACCGGAUAUGGUGGCAAGGUGCAAGCAAAUAGAAGCUGCUCAUUCCUACAUCUGCUUCCUAUGUCUCAACAACAUCCCGAUGUCCGUGGAGGUUCUGCUCUACCCGGACUGCUGCCUGGAGGACCAGGAAGACAUAGAGAUGAUGAGCUCCAUUGAGGAGACGGCACAGGCCCUGGACCAGCCCUCGUCUCAUCUGCUUCUGGAACAGUGGAUUGUGCAGCUGUUACCCAAAAGGUUCCCUGAUGGCCAUUGUCACAGUCAUCUACUCUUCCAGGCCGUCAGGUCCUUCUUGCACUUCUCUCAGAUCAGUGCUUGGCUCAGCUCCACACAGGGACGAUUACCAAAGAAUAUUGUCUACAGGGUCUGUGCUCCAGGGGAGUCUUUUCCUACCAGCUUUUCUUCCACCCCUGAGGUACACACCUUCCCCAUCCUGAACCUGUCCAAGUCGUCCAGUCUACGGGUUACCGUCGCCUCUCUACCUCGCACCCAAACCAUCCCCGUUCUUCCAUGCUACAAUGCGGAGCAUUCAGACAUAGAUGGAACCAUUGGGAAGGGUCGUGGAGACGGGAAGGAGAAAGAUGACGAUGAUGAUGACAGAGAGUUUAGAUACGCUUUUGUCAACCCGAGCAGAGAACGGGAUCAGCGGAGUGGCGAGGAGCUGAAAGAGGAGCGUAGGCAGAAACAUGACCAGCGGGUGAAGCAGGGUUCUAGCGCGGGCGCAGCGUCGCUCCCUGCAGUCCAGGAGGAAAAGAUGAGACAGAGAAAUGCAACCGCUGCCCAGAAGCUGCGAGUCUUGCUCCCAGAACCCAGAGAUGCAUCCCCAGUCCGUCCUGAGAAGAAAGGGCCGAGGUUACCAAAGUUGAGAGACAACUCUCCACAGCAUGCGCGACGGGUUCCUUUGAAGCCAACAUCCUGCGACAACCUCCCACCAAGGCCGCCGUCCGUUGAGCUGGAGGAGAAGCAAGUCACGGCAAAGUUGAAACGCCAGCAAGUGGAGGACAGCAACAGGGGGAAGCACACACCAACCUGUGAGCUGUAUUAUGUCAGUGGUCAGCCAAGCUUCUCCACGGUGGAGUUGGAGAGACGGAUUCGCGAGUUGAAGCUUCAGAAGCUUCAAGAGAGGAGCUCAACUGGGUCUCCCGAGUGUGUGACUUCGACUCCCCCGCCAUCUCGAGGGGAGUCGACUCCAAGACCCAUCUGUGCUUGGAAAGACAGGACGCCAAGUCUUGAGGAGGAUGAUGGCAUCUUCUUCACGGCCAAGUCCUCCUUAGAAGACCGAGGGUUUGCCGUUCAAGAUGUGUUCAGGACCUCAAACAGGUACGACAAGGAAGAUGAGGACGUGCCGGCGACAGAGUUUGGCACGCCUCUCUCCACCGUUCCCUGGUUAUCCUACCACAAGUCCACGGACUCAGACUCCGGAAACCAGGGCCAUAUACAUUGUGACAGCCAACCAGAAAGCGUCUUUGUAGGGAAUCAACCAAAGCAUGGUUUCAGUGGGACAGACACUCCGACAUCAUGUAGCCAAUCCCCGGCAAAGAAUGGCAAUUUAUUACACAAGAUGCCUGAAAUGCAAUCCCGGCACUACCCCAAUGCAAUUCGUGGUGCUGAACCAGUGGGCCAUGAUGCCUCAUCAAGCAGUAACCAACCAUUAAGCCAAGUAGUGACCGCCCAAAACCAGUGGACAACGGAUCAAGUCCAAGGAGCUUACAGCCAUUUGGGUUGCUCGCCAAGUCAGAACCAAAACAACCAAAGCCCAUCCCAUCUAAACCAGUCCUCUACCAAUGCAAUCUCAGGGAACACACCUUCUCCGACGUCCUCGCCCCGACACGCUCGUCGGCGGGGCUUCAGCCUGGACAGCCACGACUUUCAACCCAAUAUCCCGGCACCGUUUCGUAAACCAAUGCAAUAUGAAGGGAAUUCAGACAACACAAGCACCAGUGCCUCCUCCCCUUUCACCCCAGUCUUUGGAAGAAGCAAGUCCUUAUUCAGGAGCGUUCUGGGAAAGGAAAAUAACUCAAGGAGCAAAGAGGGUCUAGCUGCUGAGAGCAUAGAGGUAACUUCUCCCCCUACUCUAUCAGGCUUGAGGAGUGGUCUCAUGAGAAGAUCCUUAGACAGCUCCAACACCUACGUCUUUAAUCCGAGCACAGGACUACCCAUCAACUCAAGUCCAGCACCUCUGAGGAAAGCCAAGACGGAGCAUGACUGUGCAUCUCUACUCAAGCCCCGCUCUCUUCUUAAGAGUUCUCCCUCUUGCAAUGAUCUUGAGAACUCCAACACGCCACUGUCUCAUGCCACAAGGGUAUUCAGCACUAGUGCUCCAGCCUCAACGAGCUGUCUGUUGGGCAAUUUCGAGGAAUCUGUCUUGAACGGAAGGCUUGAACCGCUAGGCACCAUCGACGGCUUUACAGCGGAGAUCGGCGCCAGUGGGUCAUUCUGUCCUAAACACAUCAUCCUCCCAGUCACUACCUUCUUCUAUAGCGUGUCUGAUGAUGACGCUCCCUCCUCAUAUUUUGGUUAUAUAAACCUUGAGCGCCUUGGCAGGCGUGGAUACCACAUACCCAAAGUUGGAACCAUCCAGGCAACAUUGUUUAAUCCCAACAAGACUGUUGUCAAGAUGUUUGUCAUGCGGUACAACUUGGCCGACAUGCCACCCAACUGCCAGACUUUUGCACGUCAGCGAAUUUUCUACAUGCCUAGCAAUGCACAGCUUACUGAUGACUGUGAGAAGGAACUUCGUUACCUCAUACACAUCAGGUUUCAGAGCUCCAAGUCUGGCAAGAUUUACCUGCACACAGACAUCAGGAUGAUAUUUGCCCGUCACAGCCCCGAUUUGGAGUCUGCUCUGGGUACCUACGAACUUCGCUCUUUCACCGAGACUCCCACCAACCCACGGUUCUCUCCGAAGAAGCGAUAACAGUUUGCCCGAACAGGUUUUUGUUUUACCUCAAGAAAUUAAUUUAUUCAGUCCACAUCAUGAAGUGUUUAUGGAUUUCAUGGAUUUGAUUCUCCUGAAUUAUGGAUAAAUCUUUGGAUUUAUUUAUAAGGCUCAUGAAUUAUUCAUGAGCUGUUGUAUGCACCUCUUUUAGCAUUGCUUGACCAUGAUGUGUGUAUGGUUUGUGUGUGGAUAGUGAAGUGUGUGUAGCCUCUUUUGACAAACAUGAGAGUCUUUAAACAGAGAACAAAACAAUUUUUUGAAAAAUCCUUGACAUUUUCAAGACUUUUUAAAACAAAUUUUCUCUGACUCCUCCCAAAAUGAUGUCAUAAUCCUGAGAGGAAGACUGCCAAUUCAGGAGCAAUACGAUUGGAAAGCUUGCUUUGAAAAUACUCAAUGCAAUAUCUCUGGCUGGUUAUAUAUACAAGAAUCUUAAAAAUUCAUUUGGAAAAUAUGCCACCAUACUGUUUUGGGGUGUUUUUUUUUUGUUAACAGAAACUUUUGUUUUUUGGACAAAUUUCCAAGCAACCCAUCUUUCUGGAUGUCAAAUUUAUACAUUUCAGCAUCUAGGCAGUUUGUUUCAAAAUAAUUACCAUUUAUUAUUUUUUUUAAACAAAUAAUUUUCAAGGUUUUUGUAUCAGUUCCAUCAUGGCAUCAAAGUUAGGAUUAGAUGCAAAGAAUAUUUUAAGAUUUUGUUCUGUGUUUUGUCAAUUUAUUUUCACUUUUUUCUUUAAUAUAUUGAUCAUCAUUUAUUUAUUUUUAUUUAUUUUUUGGCGGGGCUGCUUUUAGUUUUGUGCAAUAAACGGGUUGAGUAAAAGUUAUUAGAACAUUUGGCAUUAAUAAUUUUUGAGUCAAAGUCACGAAAAAUGAAAGUUAUGAUCUGGCAAGCCACUUUUAAUUUUUUUUUUUUAAGUCCAUUUGUUUAUUUUAUUAUUUUGGAAUUAAUUUCACUAUUUUUCAACUUGCUACCCUAACUACAUUAUGUAUGGAGGUUUGUUUGAGAAUGACAUCUAGCAAAACAGAUACAAAUAGUCUGGUGCCCGGAUUCACCGCUGAUCUUCACAGAUGUAAGCACUAGUGGCUUCUUGGAGCAAAGCCAAGAUGGCUACUAAAGGUUGGCUCAUUAACGAUGGUUAUUAAUUAUGUGUGCAAACUACUCUUUUAUCAAGCUUUCUGAGCCUCCCCCAAUAGCAAGAGGCAGUUUGAAUUGUUUGAGUUUGGAGUUGAAUAGAGAUUGCUUUGAAGUUGACUUGUACAGUAUUUCGAGAUGAUUAAAUUGGAUAAAUAUGUUUAA